CCGGACCCCAGCACCCCACAGACACCCUGACCUGCCUCAGCCAGCAGGGGUGGACAUCCCAGACCUCACUGCCUGCAGAGCAGCCCUCAGCCUCCCACUACGUGUACAUACAUGCAUACGCACACGCUCACACCUGACACACACACAAAUGCAAACACACAUGCGCACACCCCGCUUCCCCAGCUGCUGGAAGGGGACUGGCUGCAAUGUGCCAGAGCCCACCGUCCCCCCAGAGGCUGGCCUGGGCCUGUUUGCCUGAUGGAGCUGUGGCUCUCUAGUUACUGAUCAGCGGGCACAGGAACCCCAGGCCUCUUGGCCCACACGUGUCUGCCUUCCAGGUGCAAGUGCUGGGCGGUCAGGACGAUGCCCAGUGGACCCCAGAUGUGGCUCCGAGCAGCCGUAGGACCAGCCGCACAAGCAACCAUGACGACGACACCCCUACCACUUCCCUAUGCAUGAAUUUAUCUUCAAGCCAUCCAAUCACUAAAGCCUCCUGCAGCUCAGCCUCUGGCUCCUGGCUCUCCCCACCCUCAGGCUCACAACUACAGGCUCACACAUAGGAUCAUGUGCGCGGAGCACACACAUAUAGGUAACCCCACAUAGAGGGCAGACCCACCAACAGAAACCCAGCCAGACGCCCUUGUAGGCAGGUGGACAAAGCAAGACAGACAGAUAGGCAAGACAUGUGGAUGCAGGGAGGCAUCAGGACACAAGAAGGCCCGCGGAGGCAGAGGUCGGGGGCAGGGGCUCGGAGCGGGGAGGGGCAAAGGGCCCCGGAGAGAGGAAGUGGCCAGGGCUGGGGGAAGAGGUUGGGUGCGGGCGCUCUGCAUCUGAAGGUAAUCAUUUUGAGACAAUAAAUGUGCACAAUAUACACAUGACACGGGUCCAGGGGAUUGAGAAGUCACCCAAGGAAAGAGACGGAGCCCCAGCCGGAGCCCCAAGAAGAACAUACUAAGGAGGGCACUCAGGGUCGGACGGGCGGGCACAGCCGGCGUGAUGCAGGAGGGAGAGCAGGGUCAGGGAAAGGUCCCCCAGGACCCCCAGGAGAGCAGCAGCUUCUGAUGCCAACUCCUGCCCCCACCCCAGACCAGGGCAGACCCUACUGCAGCCUGGAUCCCAGGGUCCCCAACAGCCAGAGCCUUCUUGUGCCUCAGUUUCCCCAGCUCAGUCCUUCCCCGGGGGCAGGACUAAGGAGGCUCAGCUCUGCCCCUGAGGACCUUCCUCCUCGGCCACUCUGACUCUGGGCCCCAUGGCCUCACUGACCUAGUCCAGGACCCGAGCCAGGCAUGGGUGGUGGGGGCGUCCCACGGGCUGAGGCCAUUGUCUCCAUCACACAGACAGUGAUCUAGAACCCACCACCCCGCAGAGCCACAUUCUAGAGCUCAGGGGCCGGGACCCUUCCCCAAUUCUCGAAGCCCCCAGGGGGAGAGGAGAGAGAGGGAGAGGCCUUCCUCUCCACGCUCCUUUUCUGGAACUCCCUGGCACCGAGGCCGGCGCGACGGGCCCGCCUCUGAGAAGGCUCGGUCCGUAGGUUGCUCUGAGCACUGCUCCUGGACUAAGGAGGUGAGGGCCCCCCAGAGCGGACGCCUCCUCAGCCCAGGGCACAGUCGCAUCCAAGAGGUUCCCCACCUUUGCCCACUGCUUCCUGCCCAGUCACGCCCGGGGUCCUCUGGGCAGGAAGGGCCUGCGCAGACCCCUAGAGCCACUGUGGGGUGGCGCGUGAGCGCUGAAAGAGACAGCUCUCACGGGCUGGUCCACGAGGCUCUGAUCCUCCUCUUGGGGGCUUGGUGCGGCAGGAUCUCCCGCUGCUCUGAAGUCCGGGCCUCAACUCGAGACCCGGCUGAGGACGCUGUGGCCCGCAGCUCUGCCCCUCGGUGGGGGCAAAGGCAGUGAUGGGGGUGGAGGGCCCAGGCCUCCUAGCACCUGGUCACCCUCCCAUCCAUGGACAGAGCCAGUCAUGGCGGAGCAGGUAUGGGUGGGCACCUGGAGGCCCCAUCGCCCCCGGGGGCCCAUCAUGGCCCUCUACAGCAGCCCUGGACCCAAGUACCUGAUUCCACCCACCACAGGCUUUGUGACGCACACGCCCAACAAGCUGCGUGCGCCGGCCUACAGCUUCCAUGGGGCCCCCGUGCUCCUGGCAGAGAACUGCUCCCCGGGGCCCCGCUACAGCGUGAACCCCAAGAUACUGAGGACCGGCCAGGACCUCGGCCCCGCCUACUCCAUCCGGGGGCGCUGCUGCACUAAGACCACGCUGAGCCCCGGCCCUGGCCACUACUUUCCAGAGAAAUCUACCAAGCAUGUGUUCGACUUGGCGCCCAGCCACUCCAUUUCUGUCCGAACCAAGACCUUCCGAGUGGACAGCACCCCAGGCCCCGCUGCCUACAUGCUGCCCACGGUGAUGGGGCCCCACACUGUCGGCAAGGCCUCCCAGCCCGCCUUCUCCAUCAAGGGCCGCAGCAAGCUGGGCAGCUUCAGCGACGACCUGUACAAGACCCCAGGUCCCGCAGCCUACCGCCAGACCAAUGUCCAGGUGACUAAGUUCAAGGCUCCACAGUACACCAUGGCUGCCCGAGUGGAACCCCCGGGGGACAAGACCCUCAAGCCAGGACCAGGAGCCCACAGCCCUGAGAAGGUGACAGUGACCAAGCCCUGCGCCCCCAUCGUCACCUUUGGCAUCAAACAUUCUGACUACAUGACACCCCUGGUCGUGGACGUGGAAUAGCCCUGGCCCCGCCCCACCCAUCACGCGAAGCCUCUGCACAUCAUGUCCCCCCAGCAACAGAUUCCCUGAGCUGAGGGCUUUGGGCGGCUCCUCUCCCAGCUGGCUGCAGCCGGCCUGGCUCUGCAGGGCAGAGCAUGCUUGCUUGGACAAUUGUGACCAGCUAUUUUUUCUAUGCUUUCCCAUUUGCUAAACGUGUUUCCUGCUGUGCCCAGAUAUACAAUAAAUCACGGAUUC